UUAACGUUAUUCCAAUACAUUCGUAAUGCAAUUUAGGAAAAGAACCUUGCCCCACCAAAACUAACUUCUAAUAACAUAAAUUUCAGAAUUUUAAACCUGUUUGCCCAUCUACAAACUGAAGGGUUUUAUAUUUACAUGCUGAUGUUGAUUUGGUUCUGGAUUAAGGAUUGUUCACAAAAAUCGGCUUUGCGAAUUAAAUGUUAUUUCAAUUUUAUUAUUAUUCAUUUUAUAGCAUAUUAUACAACAAACUGUUUUGGCUUAAAAUACUUUUAAGGACAAAAAUAACUUAGGUUUUUUUCAAUAACGAUAAGUUUUCAUUUUAAAAGUAGGCCUAGUAUACUUGUUAUCCCAUCAUUUCCUAUGCUGGGCUUAAGUCUCACUUGGCUAUUAAUUAUUUGAAUUGUCUGUCCGAUUUAGUUACGUACCUGUAGCACCGGUUAGUAAGCGUAGGAGUAAGAAGUACUACAAUAUUUUUCUUACUCUCACUCAAUUUAGUCGUGUGUGGAGACUGGUGUUGUGAUUCUUAUUCUUAUUUGAGUUUAAAUUUUAAAAUGUCAAAAGAUUAAACCUAAGUAAAUGAAAAUUCAAAAAAACCUUAUUAUUGUUUAUUUGUUUACUGUAACAUAAUUAAUUUUAAGACUUUGGAAAUUUAACAGUUGUUAAAUACUUAUGUGAAUGAAUUUUUAAAUUAAGCCAAGAACAUUUUGUUUCUUUAGACCAUAACUCGUUUUAAAAUGGAGUUCAAAAUUCAGGAUUAUUCUAAAUUGUGCAAUUUGAAUGGAUCCGUUAACUCUUCAUUUAAAACAGUGGAUAACAAAACAAAGAAAUUGCUGUGGGAUAGCAUGUUGGAGGUAUAUGAAAAGGAGAAAGGAAUUAAGUCUAGCCAUAGAGGAUGUGAAAUACUAAAUUCAUUGCAGCAGAAUUUAAUAGAACAAUCUGUUCAGAAUAGUAGUUCUCUUAAUAUGGCCAAGCUAAUGAAAAAUAUUAAAAAACACAAGAAACACAACCUAAACCGUACUGAAACCGAAAUGAAUAAUUAUAAAACACACAAUGAACAGAGUAUUAUAAAAGACAAACACAAAAAAUUACAGAAACAUACAAAAAAUAAAAAGCAUACAAAACCUAAAAGUGACAAGGAAAAGUUGUCUCAACCGCAGCUGGUUGUUUUGCAUGAACAUGGGAAGAUAAUAAACCAAAGUAGUAAUGAGUUGAUUCCAUUGGAAACAAGUAAACAAAACGCAAUACAAAAGUUAUGUCAAAAACACAAUAAAACAAGACAACUUCCAGAUAAAAUGAAGCCAUUCAGAAGUUCCGUUAAAAAAAUAAAUUCAAAAUACGAAAAGGAAGCAAUGAAGAUGCAAAAUUCAUGCAACAUGCAGUAUUUAAAUGAAAAACUUAAAAAGAGACAGGAUAAAGUUACAGUCUUACAGACUUUAAAUGCAAGUAUAGAAUCUAAGCAGAGGAAGAAAAAACUUAAAUUAAUCCACAAACAUCCUCCAAAUGAUAAAUCAAUAUUACCUGGUAUGACUGAUGAACUAAUAAGGAAAAUAAAAAGUCUUCCAUUCAAAGUUGAUUAUAAUCAUCUGAUUUUUAUGGAUCCCUCCCACAUAUCGAAAUUGUUAGAAUACACUUGUGAACCUAAGCUUGAUAUUAUGAGAAAUUAUAUUUAUGGGAAUCAAGACAUGCAAAAAAUAACAACUAAGCUUAAAGAUAAUAGUAAAAUUAAUACUGGCUUGACAGAACCAUUGUUGAAAGUAGUUGACAAUAAGCAUAUUUCCUCAAAACACCUAAGAAACUCCAAAACAAACAAAAAGUUAAAGGAAUACAAUCAACUUCAACAAAGGAACAGUAAAAUGUUAUUGUGUGAGCCUUUCAAUAAAAUUUCUGAUCUUCAAACUACUAAUUCCAAAGAAGAUCAAAAACAUAGGAAAAAGAGAAGUAAAUAUACAGUAGCUGAUAAAAAGAAAAGUAUAAUGAAGUCAUCAAGCAUGAAGAAAUUUAAGCCAAUUAAAAACAACAAAAAAUCUGUUGUUAGGCAUAAAGAUGAAGUCUUAGCAAAAGAUCAGAGCAACACAUGUGGAGACAAGAAUAAUUCUGAAUCGUUCGGGAGCAACUUGUCAAGCCAAAAUCAAAAAUUGGAUACCAUUUAUAGUGAGAGCUUUGCUACUGGAGAUAGAGAUGGAGAGUCUGCAGUGUCAAACAGUAUCGUACCUAAACAAGAUGUGAUUGAAUCUCCGUGCCUAAAUGAGAGUCAAAAUGAGAACAAUUUAAAUAAAAUGCAUAAAUUAAGUAAUUACAAAUUAAAAUGCAAGAGCAAGAAAGACAAAAUGAUGAAUGUAGCAAAACCAUUGAUUAGUGAAGACGGAAAGAGAUUGACAUUGCAGUUAGUUAAAGCUGAUGCCACCGUAAAACACCCUAAAAAGUGUAGAAAAUCUGUUUAUAAUAUUGAGAGACUCAUAAGUGAGGAGAGGUGCAACACAGUCCAGAGAAAUCGUUUGAUGGUGUUUUAUGCAAACAGGGAAUCAACAAGCACAUCUAAAGAUUCUCUUAAUAUUGCCAUCAGCAGAGAUACCGAGUUGACCAACAAUGGUAGUUCAAGCAAUGUCUUAAAUGUUGUCAUAAAACAAACGAAAAAUUCUAUGCCAAGUAAUUUAACACCUAUAACUGAGAAACAAGAUCAAAUAAAGUGCAAAGGUAUGAAGCUAAAUGACAGUAUAACAAAUAAUGGCCAACUAGAAAAAUCAGUGUCUGUUGAUGAAGGAAGAAAAUCUGCUGAAGAGAAAAUCUUAAAAGAGGCUGAAUGCCAAACUGAUGUAUUUUUACCGGAUCAUAAAACUGAAGGUAAUCCCUGUGAAGCUUUUUGUACAAACAGGGAAGCUUUAGAUUCAAGUAAAAUACACAGUGGGGCCAAAAUUGGAAUACAAUGUAACAGCACUGGUACACAAGAUUUAAAAUGCUAUGAAAGUGGAACACCUGCAGUAAAUAGCAAUAUGACUGAAAUGAUUCCGGUAAACUCUGUACGUCCACCAAAUAAUGAUUUGUCAGACUUUAUCAAUAAAAGCAAUAUUCUUUAUUUACAAAGAGGAGCGGCUGAUAAUAGAGCUAGGCAACCCAGUUUAAAACUAAUCCAAAAUAAAAAUAAAUGUAUCCACUUGGUGUCAAAUGAUAGGAAACCUGAGAAUUGGAAAGAAAGUCGAUUUUGUACAAUUGAAGAUGAAAAAUAUAAUUUUUCUUUUGAAAACAAUAUAUGCAACCAAAAUUGCUUAAAACCAAAAAUAACAUCUAUUAAACCCAAUUAUAGCAGUGAGCAAAAACAGUGUUUGGAAAUUGAUAAUGAAAAUGAAAUAAAUGUAACCAAGCAAUCUUGUAUUACAGAAGUGGAUCAUGAUAUUGGAUCCAAACUGGAAAAAAUAGGCUUGUCAAAUAAAAAUAGUUUUAUAAAGAUUAUAGAUUCAAAUACUCAAAUCAGUCACUCAUAUGAGAGUAAACAAACUUCAAAUAUUCAUUCACCACUGAAGUUUACUACUCAGUCAAUCACCAAGAAUGUAAAUGUUGACAAAAAAGGUUUAAACAAGGCUGAAACUAAGAUAGUAGAUGAUGGUGAAAAAGAAAGUACAAAAUUUAAAAACAAAUACAUACAAAUAUCAAACCUGAAUUUAAAUGCUGCCAAAGCCAACCUUUUCCCAAAAUCUUUUAUAAAAAAUUGUAUGAAGCGAUUAAAUGCUGUUACCACAUUAAGAAAUGAAGUACCAAUCGAGAAAGGUCCGAUUGGUGAUCAUGUUAAUUCUAAUUUAAAUAAAAAUUCAGUCAAGGAAAAUCCAAAUAAUUUAGAACAAAACAUAGAGGAAGUGGAAGAAGACAAUAAUAUUAAGAGGGAAAGGUUUAUAGCAGUAUUACCUGAGCAAGCAGAUCCUGUUACAGAUAAUGCAAGUACGCAAUUUAAAUGCUACAACACGCCUGCUAUUGUAAGGGCAAGCAUGUUAGCUGUUACAGAUAUUGGAGUGCAAACAGACCAGUUCUUACCAGAUAAACUUGCAUCUUUUACUCAUAAGAAAUUUAAUCAUGGAGAAGAAUGUUCAUUGUCAGGAAAUCCAGAACAUGUGAACUCCCAAGUAAAUGAUAUUGAAAAUUCACUUUCUGUUAGAGACAAGAUAACAGAUGUUCCUAAGAAGAAACGUUCUUUUAUCCAUGUCAUAAAAGAUAACCUAGUUCCUGAAGAAGACACAUCUUGUAAUGUUAAUUCCAAUCUUAUUAAUCAUAAUACAAAUGAUAAAGAAAGCGGUUUAAAUGUAUAUAAUUCUGUCUUAAACACAUACAAUGAAAAAUACCAUAAAGAAUAUCAAGUUGUAAACAAAAUUAAUGCAAUUUAUGAAUUUCUACAAUAUUUAGAUAAGAUGUUGAAAGAUAAUGCUUUUGUAAAACGCAAUGUAACUUGCGACACCAAUUACAAUUUAGGAAAAUUCAAUAGCACUUUACGUUGUUUGUGCAGUAACUGCAUAGAAAUUUUGAAUAAAAUUGAGACUAAUAAAUCAGGUAAUAAAGAUCAAUACAAUAUCAAAGAGUUGAAUUCUACACACAAAAGAUCACUUUUUGUGAAUAUUGUAGAAGACGGGAAAGAAAACUCCUCGAGUGUGAAUUAUGUCAGUUUAAACAAAAUUGAACCAUAUGAUAGUAAACGAGAUUGUUUCAGUUCUGAAUCAACCCCCAGGCCAUUUUUUGUCAUUAUCCCACCUGAUGAAAACUUUGAACCAAAUGUUCAGAACAUAUCUGAAAAUGGAACAGACACUGUAUGCCUUCCUGAGUUCCAGUCAAAUCUUGAAGACCAAUUCAAUGGUAACCUGAUAAAAAAGAAAAUAAAUAACAGUGCAGCUAAAGGCAAGGAUAAAAAGGCUAAAAAAGAAGAGAAAUUAAAAAAUGUGAGCGGUUACAUUCAUACUAAGAAUCAAACACAUGAGAAAAUAACACAGAAAAACUUAAAGUUGCAUAGUCAACAUGAAUAUAAUAUACCUAUUAACAACAUUCCAAAUAAUGAACUUUCAAAAUAUUCAUGGAAAAAUAUUAAUUUUGAGCCUGAAAUCCAAUUUAUAUCAAGUAAUGUACAAAAAUGUAUAUCAUCUCAUGAAUUAUCCACUGUGCUUGAUAAUGUACCUAUUAACAAUGUUUUAUAUAAGGAACCUUCAAAAUGUUUAUCGCCCAAGGAAUUAUGUACAAUGCCUGAAGAUAAUGUUCAACAUUUCAAUCCUGAAGCACAUGGAAAUAUUUCACAUGAAAAUAUAGUUUGCUCCAAGUCUGCAAGCUCAGAAUGUAUUUCUCAUCUGAAGCUCGAAGAUAAAUACUACUCUACAACACCAUAUUCAAAUGAAAAACUGUUUAAAAGAAGUUUUAAAUGUGAAUCACAAAAGUUUGCAGAGGCCUUUAGUCCCAUAGAAACAGCAACAAUAAUCUAUAACGAUAGCCAUGAAUCACAUGCACACAAAAAAUCUAAAUUCAAUAGAUUUAACCAUAGUGAUGAAAAUGACAUCUGCAGAGGUUAUUGUGAUUUUAAAGUAGAAAACAUGACUUGCACAAAAGCAAAUAAUAAUCUCCCCGAGAGUCAACUGGAUGAAUUAGAAAUUCCUUCUCUGCCUGCUAAUCAUAGGGACAUUUGGAAAACCAUUUCCUCAGAGGAAAAAUUAUUUGAUAAGGAUAUGGAAUUUUAUACUGAUUUCAAAGGCAGUGUGUAUAGAAAUAAAUUACACUCCAGCUUAAAAUUAAAUUACUUUAUGAAGAAUGACAGUUACACCGGAAUCCCUCAAACAAAAUGCAUAAAGGAAGAUGCAACAAAUAUAAAUUGUGGUGAUCUUAAUAGGAAACACCGCAAGAAUAAUAAAUAUUCAAAUGUUCCAAAAAGUGAAAAGUGUACAAAGUGCAAAAGGGACGAUUCAAAUUCAAAUAUUCUGCACGAACCAUAUCUGUCUAAAUAUGAUUAUGGAGUUUCUGAUACUCAUUUCAGAGCCACGCAUGACUCCUUCUGUGAUUCGUCAUUUUCUUUUUGUUCAUCGGAAUGCAGUGAAGUCUUGCAUAAUACUUACACCAGAAAGUCAUAUGAACAUAAUAAGGAAAUAAAAUAUCCAAAUGCAUUCUUAAACAAGAAUAGUAGAAUAAACAGCAUGGUUUCAGCUUCAACAGAAACUUUGAUAAGGAAAAACCCCAGAGUAAAUGCUGAUUUAAAACACCAAACUUCAAUUUUUAAUAAAUCUCCAAGUAAUAAACACCCUUUAACCUUGGACAGUGGCGUGUCUAGAGAAAACCUAGAUGAAGAUAUAAUCAGUAAAACAGAAACUAACUCUACUGUGGAAUGCAGUGACCAAAAAUGUUAUUCUCAUUUAAGGGAAGCAGAUUCUGAACUGUCUUUUUGUUGCCCAUUUGCUCAAUGUAAUGAAUCCGUGGUGUUUGUUAACAAGCAUUACCCUUUUUCGGAAAACAUUACUUUACCAAAUAACAAUAAUAAUUUUAGAGCAAAUACAGACGAGUUGAUGCAAACUGUGAAUAGCACGGUUGGAAAUAGUAAUGGAAUAUACGAUACAAGUGGUUGGAUUUCCUUAAGCAGCUGCAAUUUACAGAGCAAAAGUAAAAGUGCUUCUGAUCCAGAGAAUAAGGUGUGUCUGCAGAUGGAUAUAAAAAUGAAUGAUGUGAUGCGUGUCGAGUUCCUGUGUCAACCACCAGUUCAAGAUUCGUUGGGAGCAAAAAAUAUAUAACAUUUACAAACUUAACUAAAGUGAUUUUGAUAAUAAAUUGUUAAGAUAAAAAUAAUGUUGUACAGAUUAUUCUUGUGUCUUGGCAUGGGCUCUUAGCAUGGUUUCUAUUGCAAUUUUACAUGAAAUCAUAAUUAAAUUUUUUUAUUACA